GAGCCGUGCAUGUGACGCUUGCCACACAAAAUUCCAGACCUCAGGAACCAAACCACCACAACUUCUUAGGGCCGAACUCUACCUAUCUUUUGCCCAAGCAUUCCUCUCGCCUCUUCGGCAAAUACAAUAACCAAGUCAAAAAAAGUUCUGAGACACCCAUCAGAACCAAGACUUGCCCUCUUGGAAUUGAUCUCUUCCAUCAGUAUUAAGGUCGCCUGCCUGUCAUGGGCGGAACCGUCACUUCUCCAGAUCUCGCCAACCUGCUGGCUCCAAUCCUUCCAGCACUCCCUGCGGCUGCGAUAUCGACUGAGCCAGCUGUGGGCAUCUUGCCGCUACUCUCGCCUAUCCUGAGGCAGAGGGUGAACUUGUUCUCCUCGUCUAACACAGAGCCAUGGAUUAAGCUGCUAUGCUACGAUACAACCAAGGCUGCAAAGCUGGCCGAGCUGGUACAGAAUGGAAGCCUAGAACCUCAUCCCGUCUCGGGAGAGGUCGAAGUUGACUGGAGCUACGAUGCACAGUCAAGAUUCCGGAGGCUAGACCAAGAGACGUUGCAGGCGUUGAUCGUCUUGACCGAGCUUGGCCUUGCAUUUCAGCUGGUAUACUGCGUCAACGAUGCCGCAGGCGGCGGCGAUGGAUGGAGAGUUGGAGAGAUCACUCUGGCAGACAAGGCCGCGCCCUUUUCGCAGUUCGGCGGCGUCCCAACCGUUGCGGAGGCAGAGGCCAAGUUUCAAGAGGCCAAAAUCACCAGCCCCACCGUGGCCUAUAACAACGGGUCAACCACGAGCAGCGAAGACCUGAUGGACGACGAGGACGACGAUGGAUACUGGGACCGGUACGAUGCCACUCCCGCACGCACUCCCGCCAACAAUCGCUCUCCGGCUCCUCGUACCGGUGCCAGUGCUACUACUACCUCCGCCUCCGCAGCUCAUCUGGGCGCCUACAAUGCCUCUGCAGUCAUGGAGGAUGACGACGACGACUAUUAUGCGCAGUAUGACGACGUCCAGCCCGCCAUGGACAAUCACGAUCCCGAUGAAGAGGCUCAGCUGCGCGCUUUCGUCCAGCCACCACUCGGCCUCGGCCGCUCCAACAACGCUGCCGACUCCUUUAUUGUCACAGACCCCAACGAAACCCGAAGGUCCUGGUCUUUUGACGACGCAGACAAGGCCAGCAGCUCUGGCAGCAUCCACAACCAAGCAAAGUCCGACCUCCCAUCCGCUCAAGAGCUUGCUCUCCUGCACCCGCGCCCCGAAUCAAGCGCCAGUUCCAAUGGCUCACAUACCGUCGCCCGGCUCGAAGCCUCUGCUGGCAAGCAGGAGCAGAACGAGUUUGGCGUUAAGCAGCACGUGUCUCGCAGCAUUCGCAGCUUGUUCCUGCUCGCUCGAUCGUCGGGCAUUGAGCGAGAGGAGUUUGAGCGGCUUGUGCGGGAGGAGAUGGACGUUUUGUCCAUGAUUGAGGACCAGGACUGAAUUACCUAUAUACCCCAAAAGCAAUUGUGAAGUCGCGAAUAUUUGAUUUGGAUUCGAAAAGCAUAUGGUGGAGCAAAUUGGAAUAUAUGGAAGGUAUAUGAAUGGUCAUUAUUUGCGGGAGGCGACAAGAGAUGGAGCGUGCAUAUGGGUGGGAACGCCAAAAAGCAGAAUGUUUACAUUUUCUUGUUUAAUGUUUUUUCUUGGAAUCUUUUACCCUUUGCUUGAUUUAAGCAUCACAGCGAAUUGGCCGGAAGGAGGCUAGGGGACUGGAAAGCUGGCUGAGGACGGCGUUUAUCGGAAGUUGGAUUUGAACACACAUAGCAAUUGGAUUGGAUUGCUGCUGCAUGAAAGUCGGAGUUGUCGAGCAUACUGGAUGCUUAUCUAUUGUUUUUACCUUUACUUUUGGUUAUCUUUCUAAUGAAAGCAAAUUUGUCCCAUGUGUGU